UUUAUUAACCACCCUUGAUUACUGCUAUUUAUUUAAAUUCUUAAGGUCAAAGGUUAGACUAAAACCGCAUCCUCCAAGGUCAUUAAAUACAAAUUUUGUUUCCCUUAAUGACAAAAAAAAGGAUUGUAAAACGCCGCAACCGCCGUUUCAAUAUCCUAUAAAAGUCUCUGUUCUAUUCAGAGUCACUCUCUUCACUUACAUGUUUUGCUCUGCUUCUCUCUUUAUCUUCUUCUUCAUCUUUUGUCACUCUUUUCUUCUGCUCUAAACUUUUUCUUUUCGCUGCAAAAAAAAAUUCCCAGGAAUAUUUCUUAAAAGAAAUUUCAUCCCUAAAUAAGAAAAAAGCAUCUCCUUCUUUAGUGUCCUCCUUCACCAAACUCUUGAUUCCAUAAGCAUAUAUUAAAAAAGCUCUCUGCUUUCUUCAACUUUCCCGGGAAAAUCUUCUUGUUACAAAGCAUCAAUCUCUUGUUUUACCAAUUUUCUCUCUUUAUUCCUUUUUUGCCCUUUACUUUUCCUAACUUUGGUCUUUAUAUAUAAACACACGACACAAAGAAGAACACACAUAAGUUAAAACUAUUACAACAGUUUUAAAGAGAGAGAUUUAAAAAAUGGAGACAGAGAAGAAAGUUUCUCUCCCAAGAAUCUUACGAAUCUCUGUUACUGAUCCUUACGCAACAGAUUCGUCAAGCGACGAAGAAGAAGAAGUUGAUUUUGAUGCAUUAUCUACAAAACGACGUCGUGUUAAGAAGUACGUGAAGGAAGUGGUGCUUGAUUCGGUGGUUUCUGAUAAAGAGAAGCCGAUGAAGAAGAAGAGAAAGAAGCGCGUUGUUACUGUUCCAGUGGUUGUUACGACGGCGACGAGGAAGUUUCGUGGAGUGAGGCAAAGACCGUGGGGAAAAUGGGCGGCGGAGAUUAGAGAUCCGAGUAGACGUGUUAGGGUUUGGUUAGGUACUUUUGACACGGCGGAGGAAGCUGCCAUUGUUUACGAUAACGCAGCUAUUCAGCUACGUGGUCCUAACGCAGAGCUUAACUUCCCUCCUCCUCCGGUGACGGAGAAUGUUGAAGAAGCUUCGACGGAGGUGAAAGGAGUUUCGGAUUUUAUCAUUGGCGGUGGAGAAUGUCUUCGUUCGCCGGUUUCUGUUCUCGAAUCUCCGUUCUCCGGCGAGUCUACUGCGGUUAAAGAGGAGUUUGUCGGUGUAUCGACGGCGGAGAUUGUGGUUAAAAAGGAGCCGUCUUUUAACGGUUCAGAUUUCUCGGCGCCGUUGUUCUCGGACGACGACGUUUUUGGUUUCUCGACGUCGAUGAGUGAAAGUUUCGGCGGCGAUUUAUUUGGAGAUAAUCUUUUUGCGGAUAUGAGUUUUGGAUCCGGGUUUGGAUUCGGGUCUGGGUCUGGAUUCUCCAGCUGGCACGUUGAGGACCAUUUUCAAGAUAUUGGGGAUUUAUUCGGGUCGGAUCCUGUCUUAACUGUUUAAGAAAUAACUGGCCGUUUAACGGCGUUUAGUGAAGUUUUGUUACCGGCGACGGCGAGGAUUAAAAAAAAACGGCGAUUUAUUUUUUGAAUGAAGAUUUGUUAAAUAUAUUAAACUUUUUUGUAACUUAAUUAAUGGUGAUUUUAUUUUUAAAUAAAACUAAUGGUAAAUGGUGAACUUUUUGGCGUUAGCCGUUAAGUAACGUCUGUAUAUGAACGGCGUGGAGGCAAAACACGCACGAGUUUCUUCACGCUUUACUACUUUUCUUUCUUCUUUUGGUCUUUUGACGUAUCACGUGUUGUC